AGUGCAGGAAAUAGCCUGUAGUCUGUGUAAGCAGCCCGACCAAACUGGAGAUAGGCGUACACUGUCUUUGCAUAAGCCGACAGACAGGAAUAAAUGUACACACCACUGAAUCAAAGCGACACUUAAUCUUAAUUACAAACAUUUUUUUUUAACUGUUCACCCUGAAGAAAACAGAUGAUGUUAAGAUUUCACCUCCAAGUUAGAUGGUGUCGACACGUGCAUCCGUCUAAGAUCCGGGAAACGAGUCAGCUCCCACGUAGCACCCUCGUGACCCCACGCCUUCCGGCUCAACAUGUACUCCACCGAGACUGAACACAAGCGCGAAGGUCCCAGUCUGCCCUCCAGCCCCACCGAAGCAAACCCUCUCCACCCCAGUCCGGUUCCUCCUGGACCCCCGAGGUCCCAGCGGCAGUAUGAGCGCAUCGGAGAAUCCACCGGAACCACGUUUAUCCAGACCCUGAUUCACCUGCUGAAGGGGAACAUCGGCACCGGCCUGCUGGGUCUGCCCCUGGCUGUGAAGAACGCCGGCCUGGUGCUGGGUCCAGUCAGUCUGCUGUGUAUGGGCAUCGUAGCGAUCCACUGUAUGAGGCUGCUAGUCAAGUGCUCCAACCGUCUUAGUGAGAGAGUAAACAGACCGUUCCUAAGCUACGGAGAAGCGGUGUACACUGGGAUGGAGAACGUGUCCUGGCUGAGAAGACUUGCACCAUGGGGGAGAUGGAUGGUAAAUCUGUUCCUCAUCAUAACCCAGUUGGGUUUCUGCUGUGUGUACUUCGUCUUCCUCAGUGACAACAUCAAGCAGGUGGUGGAGGCAGCCAACGCCACCACCUGGGACUGCCAGGUGAACCACACCAACCAGACGGCGCUGGCGGGGACUAGCUUUGACUCCCGCAUCUACAUGCUCUUCUUCCUGCCCGCCUUCGUCCUCCUCGUCUUCACCCCCAACCUCAAGUACAUGGCGCCCCUCUCUCUGCUGGCCAACCUGGUGAUGUGCUCCAGCCUGGUCCUCAUCUACUACUACUCCCUCACGAACAUCGAACUCCCAAUCAACUUGCCCUUGGUGGGAAAAGCCAAGGACUACCCGCUCUUCUUUGGCAUGGCCAUCUUUGCCUUCGAGGGCAUCGGAGUGGUCCUUCCCCUUGAGAACAAAAUGCAGAAGCCCGAGGGCUUCGGCAUGGUGUUGUACACUGGGAUGGGAGUGGUCACCUUCCUCUACAUCAGUCUUGGCACAGUGGGGUACCUGUGCUUCGGAGACACCAUCGCUGGCAGCAUCACCCUUAACCUCCCCAACUGCUGGAUGUACCAGAUCGUGAAGCUCCUCUACAGCUUUGGGAUCUUCAUCACCUUCGCCCUUCAGUUCUACGUGCCGGUGGAGAUCCUGAUCCCGCCCGUGGUCGACCGCGUCUCCGGCCAUCGCCGGAGGAUCGCCGUGGGCCUGCUCAUGCGGGCUUUGCUCGUUAUAUUCACCUGUUGCCUUGCGGUGCUGAUCCCAGAGCUGGACCUUGUGAUCUCAUUGGUUGGUUCGGUCAGCAGUAGCUUCCUGGCGCUCAUUUUCCCACCGUUACUGGAGAUGCUGACCUUCCAUACGGAUGGGCUCUCACCAUUGGUGAUCACAAAGAACGUGAUCAUCAGCGGUGUGGGCCUGAUCGGGUUUGCCACGGGAACCUACAGCGCGAUCAUGGAGCUUAUCAUACGCAACAACCCCCCGCACAGCCAUAACCUCUCCCCCUCCUACAUGCUGCAGUAAACCAUGACACGGAAUGGGGUUUUAAAGGUUAGGGACCUUACAAACUCAAGCUAGCCAAUUUUAUUAGCCGGGUCACAACUCAUUUUAUCUGUUGGUUAUUGUGUACAAAACUGCUGGAUUUUUUUUAAUUGUGGUGGUUUUAUUGCAUAGUUUUGCACACAGUGAUAGUAUUUUUUUUUUUUUUAAAUCAUUUUAACGCUGUAAAACGACAUGCACUGGUCCCAGGUCCAAUAGUGCAAUGCUUAAAUGGAAAUGUUUCAUGCCAAAUACAUUAACUAAAUAUAGAUUAUAAAUACAUUUUGAUGCAUUUAUUCUUUAGCAGUAUGAUUUGUUUUUAGUUACCUGGCUUUUAAACUUUAUACUGUAACACAUGAGAGCCAAAAUGUGAUGUACCUCCCACAGUUCUAUCAUAACCCCAUAUUGGUCAUGCUAUGAACGUGACUAAUAUGGUAGUUUGAACUUUACAACUCGUAUCAAACUUUCUAUGUUUUGUUAAUACUGCGGACGGUUUUUGACCUUCCCCCCUCGUAUUUUCUUGUUGCACUUUGAAUCAAGUCCAUUUUCUUUUAUGGAGUGUUCUCUAUUCGUAUGCAGGACAUCUUGUGUAAAAAACAGAAUCAAAAAUGCUAAAGUAAAUUUAGUUUGAUGUUUUUAAAUGAACAGUAAAGAAAUUAUCAAAGAUUUUAUGUAUCAAGGCCGAUGAACACCAUAACAAAGUAUGGUGUGAUGUAUUUUGUCAAAUUUAUUUGCCUUUGUACGUUGAAUUGUUAUUUUUUUAACCCAAUUUGAUGGGUUCAUGUUUUUGUUUUAUUUCCGAUUUUUAUUUUGUUUUAAAGAAUUUUAAAACAUAACAAACCAAAUUUGUUAUCAAUUGUUGGUGUGGGCAUCAUUUUAACAGCAGUUAAUUUGUUUUUUAUCUCUGAUGUUGUGCUGCUGGACAGAAAUGGGAAGCUUAUUAGCCUUGAACCACUUAGUUGGUGUUAAUACUAAAUAAUUUAGUGUUCAGUAUAUUUUUGCAAUUUGAAUAGAAUGUAUUUCCUUUUUCUGUCAUGCACAGCAAUGUAGAGCAUAGGGUGAUGGCAUCCUAAUGGAGCCUUUCACAUACCAAACCGGAAACAAAAACGGAAGCAAAACAAAGAAAAAAUAAUCUGGCCACUAGGCUAAUAUAAGGUGCUAAAUAUAUUAAUAUAAUAUGUAUUUGACGUAAUUGAUAAAACAACAUGAUAUAAAACGAAUUCAUCGUUAAUUAAUUAUUGUGGCUGACUUUAUGGCUUGUAAUCACACUCACACCUGGUGGUAAAAUAGGGUCCCGUUAUUAUCAUCAUGGAAACAAAAUGCUUAAAUUUAUUGGAAUCACAUGGCUGUUGCUCCUGGUUGUGGCACUCAAGCACCCCAUACCUCCACGGUGCUUUUGCCUCCACAUGAUCUGUCUAAAGGGCAGUGGUUUUCUUAUAAAGAAAACAUUUGUAUAUAAAUAUCAGAUGACAUCUAAAGAAACUCCCUUGAUAAAACCGAAGCUUUUUUAUGUAUUCUCUCUCUCACUAUCUCUCGCAUAUUCAUUCUGACAAUCCCUACGUCCUUAACUUGGGGAAUACAUGCGUUGUUUAAUAGAGGGCAGAUUAUACUGUGCCAUAUAAGUAUUUGAGCUGAUUGAGUUGAUUGAGGUUUUUGUAUCUUUCAAUGAUAUUCAAGUAUAGGCAACCAUUGAUUCAAUUUCAAGAGUAGAACACAGUAUUAUGAAAUGUUUCUGUAAAAUAUACAAACUAUAAGAUAAUAAGCGAGACUUCUUGUAUAUGUGUAAGCAGUGUCAACUGAAACUGCUUCUGUGUAGCCUUUUUUUGCUGCAAAAGCUUCGCUGGCUGAAUGCCAUUUACGGUCAAUUAUUUUACAUACUUUUGCGGAUGACUUGUGACCAUCACUGUAUUUUCUCCACUAAUUUAUUUUGUACUACAUCACAAGUUCUAAUGUCCUGCACCUGAAGCAGUUAUUUGUUCAAUGUGCCGACACCAUUAGCAAGUUAAUAAAGAUACAUCAAUUGCA